GGAAGUUUUUGCGGUAUAGACAUUUGGUAUUGUAGAUAUGCCAAAGCUGACAGACCGGGAGCGUGAUGGCUGCAGAAAGCUGUUGGAAUUACUUCCAGAGACAGACUUACUGUCCCUUAGUGAUACAGUAACAAACCGAAUGAUUUCGGUGGAGAACCCUAGAGAGGCAAUUGAGGCCAUUGUCACAUACUCCGAAAAUGCGGAGGAGCUCCUGAAGCGAAAGAAGGUGCACCGUGAUGUAAUCUUUAAAUACCUUGCGAAAGAAGGUGUUGUGAUCACACCAAGUAGCGAAAAACACCAGCUUAUAAAAAGGACGCUUGAACUCUGGUCUAGCCAUGUAAGCCAUGUUUCGAUUUCGGCUCCGGUUUCAACCGGUCAAAGAGCAGUUUAUGCUGGAGAUGGACUCUCUGAUCUUACAGCCUUGAGUCAGCAGUUCUGUCACUGGUUCUACAGCCUCCUCAAUUCCCACAAUCCAUUGAUGGGUCAGCCAAUGCAGGACUGGGGGCCUCAGCAUUUCUGGGAAACUGUAAGACUACGGAUUGGUUUUUUGGAUAUAGAACAGAAGAUGGAGGAGUUCCAUGGUGCUGAAAUGGUCAGCAUGCGACUAAAGGCCCUCGCAGAGGAAGAGCAGCUCUUAUUUAACCCCAACAUGGAAGGUCAGGGGCUGAAGUGCAUAUCUUCCCCUCAUGGGCUGGUACUAGUAGCAGUAGCUGGAACUAUUUACAGGCAUAACAAUUGUCUUGGCAUUUUUGAGCAGGUUUUUGGUCUCAUACGCUCCCCCCUGACCAAUAACAGCUGGAAGAUUAAAUUUGUGGAUUUGAAAAUAACAGGACAGAAUGCAAUUCAAGCGGCACAGAGAUCUGGACCACCUGCACUGACAUUUGAUUCAAGUGAGCUGCUUUCUCUGUAUAGUUAA